AUGUCAGCUUCCUCCUCCACUGCCAUCAUGAAUCCCCCUAUUGGCAUCAUCAUCACCGAGAAGUUAUCGAAGAACAACCACGGCGUGCAGGUCCUCACCGCCAUUCGAGGAGCGCGUCUGGUGGGGCACCUCACCGGUGUCGCCACAACUCCUGCAGCCGUGAUCGACGGCAAGGAGGGUGACAAGAUAGUCAAGGUCGCCAAUCUGGCGUACGAAGAGUGGUACACCACAGAUCAGCAGGUGCUUGGCUUCGUUCUCGCCUCGCUGACCAAAGAAGUUCUUCCCCAAGUGUCGGCCAAAGAGACUGCAGCAAAGUUGUGGAUGGCCAUUGAGGCGAUGUUCAUGUCUUGA